AUGUGGCAAGAUAGCCGUGUCUUAGGUAGAGUGCCAGUCACAUGGGAGCUGUUCAAGACAACAUUUCUGGAGAGAUUCUUCCCCAGAGAGAUGAGGGAGGCCAAGCUUGAGGAGUUCAUCAACCUUAAACAAGGCUCUAUGACGGUCAGGGAGUAUUCCCUGAAGUUUGUUAAGCUAUCAAGGUAUGUUACUUUUCCUAAUAUUUAAUAGCAAGAAUGGGGAGAAUACUGAACUUUGUUGAAAUCAUCCAGGUAUGCUACUUCCCUGGUUUCUAACAGCAGGGAUGAGAUGAUCAUGUUCCUCACAGGAAUCAAUGGAGACCUGGAGGAGGAGUGUCGGUCUGCGAUGCUCCAUGAUAAUAUGGACCUUUCCAGGUUAAUGGUGCAUGUCCAGCAGGUAGAGGACAGCCGCAAGAGGAGAGGCGUUCGUGAUGUUAGGAGGCCUAGGCCUCAAGAUCAGGCAGAUCCCAGCCAUGGAGGCCACAGAAACAAUUUUGGCGUCCGUGAGCAGCCCAAGUUCAAGAAGGGGCAACAGAGUUCUUGUAAUUCUAACCCUCAGAGGAGUACAACACGUAGAGGAGGCAGACCUGAACCCAAGAGGGGCAAUGGAGGUGAGUUGCAGCGUCCUAAGAAGAACUGUGCUAAAUGUGGCGAAGCUCAUAGUGGAGAGUGCAAACAGGGCACUAAUGCCUGCUUCGGUUGUGGUGAGAUUGGACACAUGGUCAGAAACUGUCUACAUAACAGAGGUCAGGUUGGAGGUAAUGCUCAGUCUAGGCCUAACCCACAGAGUGCAGCAGCGCCGAGCCUCCCAAGAGGAACAGAUUCUAUGCCCUGAAGGGCAGGAAGGAGCAGGAGAAAUCCGCUGAUGUGGUCACAGGUACAGGCACAGGUGGACGUUAGAUCUUACAGUACGACGUUGCAACUAUCCGGGCGUGGAGGUUUCAUCCGGACUUGGUAGACCCUCAUGCUUUCGAGGCUGUCUACUGUUAUUAUCUAGCUUAGAUGUAGGCUUUAGCUAGUGGAGCAUGUUCCACUAGUGUUUCAUUUCCCAUUUCAUGUCA